AACUAAUUAUCGUACGUGUAGGAAAUAAUUGGAUGGAUUCCUCCAAAAGAGGGCUGGAUUCAGGUACAAACUACUGAUGGAUCGGUUAUUGGAUCAACAUGGUCGGUUGUUGUUGAUGGACUCCUCAGAGAUUGUAUUGGGAAUUGCUUGGAGGCCUUAACACAAAAGUAUAUAUCAUUAGAAAUGAGUUGAGCUCGAGCUCGACUCGUUUAAUAAUACCUUAGCUCAAGUUCGGCUCGAGUCGACUCAAACUCGGCUCAUUAACGAGCUCUGACUUAACUCACCUUAUUUAUGAUUGUAAAUUGUUGAACCUCAAACUUAAAAUCUGUAGUAAUUUAUACAUUAGAUACCGUAAUAUUUGUAUACCAUAUAUAUAUAUAAUAAAAAAAUUAUUAAUAUGCUGAUAAUAAAAGCCUGAUAGUAAAUUUUUCAUGACAAAUUGAUCCCACCUAUACACUAUGUUGGAAUCAUUUUUAGUUCUUAUCAUCUAAGCAAUUUAUAAUACAUAGAUUCUCUUUCAAAUUAUAAAUUUUAUAUAUUAAUUUGGUCACGUACUCAAACUCUUUAACCAUUAUAUAUUGUUAAAUAUAAAACCUACAGAUUUAUGAACUAUCAACGAACCAAAUUAUAAGCUAUAGAUCGAUUCGCUAAUACACCGCUGUUUCGUAAUGGAAUACGAGGCUUUGGUCAACAAAAAUCUUUAUCAAUCUUUUCAAAGAAAAGCCAGUGGAGAGCCACUCACAGUCACAGUCACAUACUUCAACUUAUUCAUGCAUUAUGUUAUGUGGACCAAUUAUAUUUCUCCAAUCUCCAACGGUGGUAAGGUAAGAACUAAGAAGCAAGAGGUAUGCUUUUACAUCGCUUGAUGUCUAUAGUAGAAAUUUGUGUGUGUAUUUCCACUAUCUUUCUUUCUUCACGAGCAGAGCACCCUGACAACUCGUAGAUCUCGGGAUAAACUCGUUCUUCCAUGUUGGUCUCAUGAUUCGCCACCCCAAUAAGAAGUCAACAUCCACUAUGAGCCAAUUCAUGUUUAUGCUACCUUCAAAGAGAAAAACAUUUCAGCGAGGGGGUCUUUCGUAGCUUCUACCAAUACCUACAGUAUCACAUAAUAGUACUCGUAAUAUUAGAGCAUAAGUAUGGUACGAAUAACAUUAUAUUAUACUAUAUGUAUUGUUAUAUUGAAGCAUAAGUAUAGUACAAAUAGCAUUAUGUUGUACUAUAAGUAAUGUUAUAUAACUUUAUCAGAGUUAUAUUCCUCAUUAGGCAGCAGACACAUUUUAAUAUGUAAUUACUUGUAAGUAACGUAGGCAGCAGUGUAUGUGUUGAAUUUUGGAAGGUUUGUGUGUGUUUUUAUUAAUUUGUCUUACUAGCCAUUCCACAUCAAUUGCACGGCGCUAGACAAAACUAAUAAUAUUUCUCAUUUAUUAAAUUGUGCCUAGCUCUUGAAUUCAAUUAUUUGGUAUUUUAUAUUUUGAAAUAAGCAACUAAGCACAUACUAAAAUUUGUCUCUUUUUGCCUUGUAUAUAUGUGUAUCCGUAGAGAAUUUGUCAUCUUCGUACAAAGAGAAUAAUAACCGGUUGAUAUCAAAGAACCCCAUGUACAUCAAUCAUCUUUUCUUCCACUCACAUGAUUAACUAUAAGAUAAUGUUUAGAAUUCAGCAAUUUCGUGUUUAAAUUAUGGUAACCCUGAUAUCAACAUCGUUUGAUUGUAACACAAUUUGAUAAGCAGAAGCAAACUUCUAGUAAAGUAUGCAUUACUUUGCUAGACUUUGUUAACUUUAGGUUGAAUCACAUCCAAUAUAGUUAGCUAUAUUAAGCUCGACAUUACCAUCACUAUCUCAUUUUGUUCAUUGACAUUGAAAUACACACGUAAUGAUCUCUUGAUCUAAGUCUGUAAAACUGUCCAACCAAAACACUGUAUAUGUGAAGGUAAAUGGAAUGGAAUAUAUCAGCCAGAAGCACCUAAGCUAUCAGUCGGCCACGAAUCACCACAUCAUUAUAAAUUGCUAAUUAGAUUUUUAUUAAAUUGCCGAACGAAUUCCACCCAUCUUAAUCUAAUUAAUUAAUAAGCUAUCUUCUACCAGAGGGUUUCCAACUAACCCAUCUAUCUUUCGUGGGAAUUCUUGGACCGAUGUUCUUGUCCGCCGGCGAAGCAUCCAAACACAACCGGCCGUCGUUUCCAAAUUAGAAAAAUACCAUAUUAUUGUUUGUAUAUCGGGGUAAAUAAUAAUAUUAGUAAUCCCUUUCUAUCAUUUUUGCAGCUUUGAUUUCAGCAUGCCGCUCCCUUCCAUUCCCUUCGCGACAAAACCGAAUCUUUCCUUUUCUUUGCCGCAGAAUGUUCAAUCGGCUGCCGGUCUUCUUCAUUUGAAAAUAUCCUCUUAGCUAGCAAAUGCAAUUCUAUUGCAUCUCUUUGGGAAUGCCGAACAUCAACAUCAUCGAUAUUUUUAAUAUGAAUGUUGAAUUGUUUGUCACUACGACACAUAUAUUUGAGGUUAGUUACCGAAUCGUAAAUAUCCGAUAAAUUCAUGAGAGCGGGACGAUACUUACUAAUAUACGUUUUACCAGUGAUUAUUGUGAGUAUUUUUCAUAUAAUAAUGAACGCUAGCAAUCGUACCCAUAAAUAUGUUUAAUUAGCUUCAAAUCGUACUAUCAUGACAACCUGUUUUGCGAGAACGCUAUUAGAAAUGGAAAAUUGGAGAUACUACCUAUAAUCUACAAAAAUUUGUUGGUUUUUUUUUAAUCCUUCUCUUGGUGCAUUCUGUUUGUAGAUCCAAUCUCUAAUUUUUGUGCUGAAAGAAAGAAAAAUAGUUGAUCUCUAUUUUGGACUUUUGAGUUAUUGUUGAGUUGAGGACUUUAAUAUAUAUAUAUAUAUAUAUAUAUUAAUGAACAUUUUAACCAAUAAAAGAUCUUAAGGAGUAACGACAUUCCCAUUAACAUCACAUCUCAAUCCAACCAUGCAUAUUCUCGGAGUAAUUUUCAUGUAAUACAUAAUUCUGAUAAUCGUUUUGGAAUAACAUAGCCGGAUUGCAUACUAAGUUCCAAGUACAUACGCAAUCGAAUUUCUUGUUGGACAUUUUUAAACAAUAGCAUAAAAGAAAUUAAAGGCAUGUUUGGUCGACAUAAAGAUACCUACCAAACUGCUGAAAACUGAAAAGGAGAAUCGAAUCGGCCAGAGGCAUAUUGCUAGGGCAGCAGCAGCCACCCUCUGAUUCCUCCAAACACUCCCUUCCAUUAGCUAGCUUCCCAAAAUCCUCCCUAACAGCACACUACUCUUCAUUUUUUUUGGGAACUCUUUUAGUUUCUUCCACCCAUUGAAUUCCCAACCUUUUCUCCCCAACAUUUUCCUCCUUUGCCUGCAGAUUCCCUCCAUUCCUCCAAAACCCCUCCCACUAUAUAUACCAUGGUGUAAGAAGAAGGAAGAGAGGAAACAAAAACUAUUUUGUAAACCACUUCCUAUCAAUAGCUCUAAAGGCGACAGAGAAAUCAAUCGUUCGUCUCGUGUAGUUUUUUUCCCCGAAAAGUACGUCUUUCGAUAUGGCUAGGCCAGAGAGCAGCACGACCACUAGGGGGAUAGCCCAGUCGUCGAUCACGCUGCUGCAGGAGAGGUUCAGGCAGUUGCGAAGGGCGAAGGAGAUGAGGGAAGAGAAGAAGAUGUCCAAGGUGUUGGCGGCGAAGCCUACUAACAAUCAUACUACUAGUAACAAACUCCAUCUUCAUCCUCAUCAAUUCAAAUCCUCCUCCUCGUCCUCGUCCUCCUCAUCCUCUGCGGCGGCCAAAUCCAGAGCGAUGAUGAUGGGGUUUGAUAAUGUACGGUUUGAUGGUCGUCGUAACGAGUCAUCGGGAGCGAGUCAAUCGAGGUCGCAAAUGUUCUCAUCGUCAUCGUUAUCGUUCAGACACAGCAGCAACAGUUCGCAUCAUGACGAGGAACGGAGUAAGGAGAAAAGUUUGUAUAGUCGUCUUCAUCAUCAUCAAGAGAAGGAGAAGAGGAGUUUGGAGUACUAUUGUGAUAUUGGCAAGUUUUUGCAGGCAAAUAAUAAUGAUAGUGAUCAUGAUGAAGAGGUUGUGAGGCAAUAUGGUAUUGUGAGGAAUGUUCAUCAUGUGGAUCAGAAGACGAUGAAGAGAUUUGAUCAUAUGGGUGGGUGUGAUGAUAUUGAUACUUCUCUUCAUCUUUGAAACAAGUUUAGUUUUUUUCUUCUUUUUUUCUUCUUUUUUGGUUUCCCCUUUUUUAAAAAGGGGCAGGAGGAAAUGUGAGAGACUGAAAAUUUUGAUGGAUUAAUUUUUUGUCUCUCUUAUUUCCUUUACUUGUUUGGUAUAGGGCUAAUAUUUUUGACUUGGCGGUCAAAGUCUAAUCAUCUAAUAGUAAAUUUCAAUUUUCCCAUGUUACAUUAGUGCGUCAAAUAAUUGUAUGAUUGUGUUUUAUUUUUGUACUAUCUGUGGGAAUUAAAUUAAGGCUGUUAUCCGAUGGAUUAAGGGAUAAUUAACGAAGCCCAGAGAGAGAACGCAUGGGUAUGAUUAGCAGAUUAGGAAACAAAACCACGAUCCUUAGGCCCAAUGCAGUUGCAGCGGCGGCCCAAACCAGGUAACAAAUGCACGUUGCAUUUACACUACAAAGGCCCGAUUAUAAGCCCACGUCAUGCUCUCAAUCUAAAUCUAAUUUGGAGUUUUGAGAAUAAUAUAUUUUCCCCAAUACAAUAAGGUCAUGGUAGAUGCAUCUCACCAUUAUUAUUAUAUUAAGUCCUUAAUGUGACAUUUUUAUCAUAUUCCCUUUAUUUAGUUUAUGAAGAUUGGACUCAGGAGUAGAUUGGAGGUUCGGGUCCUAUACUAAAAGGAAGAUGAAAAUAUAAGCAACGAUAGACCAGUAUACGUAUCAGAUUUGGUUCAUAUAUUUCUCAAACUUUUUUGCGCUUCAAGUUACAGUCUAAGCAUACAAUACUAUACAAAGUUGAGUCUCAUUUUUUCGGGGUUUUUCUGUUAUUUUAGUUAUGGUUUUGCUAAAAGUGAUUAGAUUGAGGCACACGGUUUGGCUUUUGGUUCAACUUCCAUAUUAUUUUAUUUUAACUAGGGUUUCACUUUGUUAAUUCCUUUCUUGUUUCCUCUGAUCUGGCUAACAUCAUUCCCCACCAAGUUGUGUUCUUUCCUUUUACUCGCUUUUUCCAUUAGAAUCACAUUGUAAAUCCAGCUUACGAGAGGUGAAACAGAGCAAAGGAAGGAAGGAAGAAAGUGGGGCAAAGGUGGAAAUCAAAGGCACAUGGGAAAAAAAAGGUAGGUAGAUGAUUAUUCCUCACACACACGUAGUCCACCAAAAGCAAAAGGGAACAUCUUUAUACAUUUCUCCAUUCCCCGAAAGUGAUCGAUGCUACAUGGAAGGGAAAGGGAUAAUGCAAAAUCGUACUAUUCGAUAUCUUGUAUGGAGUUUUAUGGAAUGAACUGGACGUGAAUGUUGGGAGAUAAGUGUUUUGUUUUAUCGAUGUCUUUAAAACAUGCAUUCAAGGGUGGUUAUUGAUCGGUAUUAGUUGAUAGGUUGAAAGAUAAGAGAAACAUAACAGGUUCAAGAAUAGAGGUCCGAUGGGUAGAUAGAUUGAAAGAUAUAAGAGAAGAAGAUAAUUCGAUAACAUAAAGAUAACAAUGGAUUUAACUUCUCUCAUCAUCACGGAUUAAUACCCUGACCGUGAGUGAAAUAUAUGUAGACGAACCUUACAUUGCCUAACAUAACAUGUCUAGCUAGCAGCUACUACAUAAUGAAUGAGAAUUACCAUUGUGACUCCAUCAUGUUAUCCUUUUAUAUAUACUCAUCCUUUGAGUUUGAAGUUUGCAUGAAUUCACUACCUUUUUGUAUUAAAUUGAUUGUUAAUAUCAAUCGACAGAUUGUCUUGUUAUCCAACUUCAAACCGUAGAUUAUGCCAAAUUGAUAACAAGAGAAGAGGCUAAUAUUUUAUAAACUAAUAACAAAUAUGAUGGCUAACUAUAAAAAACCAAUCCAGCUCAAUAACCACUAGUUGUGAAGUUGUGAUUCCUAUUGUUGAACCAUAGUAAUUACCAGCACGUGGCACAGAACAAAAGAAGGGGGAAACUGCUAGGUAUUUUUCCUAAAGGUGAUGAUGAUAAGGAAAUCAGUGUUUCUCCAGUCUCCUGCCAUCACUCAUCUGGGUUCCACCUUAGUGACGUCGAGCAACUAUUUGCCUUUUGACACUUUCCAUUAGUGGGAGAGAUGGUCUAGAUCACUCUUAAUUUUGUUUGUGGAUAUGUAUAUACGUUGCUUGUUAUUAUCUUAUGGUCUCCUUGAGGAGCAUCACUAGGGAACUUAAACCUCAUCUUAUGCAUAUGCUAAAGCUAGCAAUUACUUCAAGGUCUUGGUCAAGAAUGGUUGUUAAAAUCGUUCUCACGGUUAGCUCACGGUACUUAUCGUUAUGAUCGAUAGUUAUUAAUAUGUAACUAACACGGUUGUCAUUAAAAGAGUUUUUACCUUUCACACCACAUCUCCUGAUUAACAAACUAGAGUUAGUAUAUCGAUCUUGUUAUCUAUAUAUAACCUAGUCCAUGGAAUUGAAAAUGACAUCAACCCUACCAACUUAGGAUCAUUGAAAAAUGUUAAAAUGGUUGUCCCCUGGAUUGUUGAACCGGGUGUUGUUUAGCAGAAGGAGAAGCUACAAUUGGUUGUAGGAGAGUAAUGUGCAAGCAAAUCGGGGGUGGGUCGAACCGUUGUCGUCCAUUUUGAACUUGUGGUCUAUGAAGUAUGUAAAAGUUCUACAAGUUUUAUUUUUUUAUCAUUCGAUAAAUUUAUACAUCAAGGACGAAAUAAAACCAUAAUAAUAAUCCCUAGAAUUUGAAUGGAUAACCUAAUAUAACUAAAUCAAUGGACCCUUAUUUUAUUGCAUAUAUUCAUUCCAUUUCUAACACAUUAGUAAUAGAAGAAUUUUCUUCAUAUGGCCCUAUUUGCUAACCUCUUUUCCAGUAGAACAGUUGAUGGAUGAGGGGUGUAAAGGGCUUGAAGAGAAGGGUGAGUGGGUCGUUGUUUUUAUGCCUUUGGUUAUCUUAUUACUAGUAACCAAAGAGAAAGCACCAAGAUUCUCCUUUUUCUCUUCAUUCUCUUCCAAACCGCUUACAAUCAUCAUUCCUCAUCCUCCAUUCAUCCUUUUCCCGUUUAAUCCAAGAUACUAAUAAAUAUUGGGUACAUAGAAUUAGCUCGAUCGCUAUUACACGAUAUAUUCUUCGAUUGUAUUCUUGCAUUCUAUCGUCUGAAUAUAAUAUUUUUUUAUUG